AUGGCCGCGUCGCCGCUCCGCGGGGCGCUGCUGCUGUGGCAGCUGCUGGCGGCGGGCGGCGCGGCGCUGGAGAUCGGCCGCUUCGACCCGGAGCGCGGGCGCGGGCCGGCGCCGUGCCAGGCGGUGGCGAUCCCCAUGUGCCGCGGCAUCGGCUACAACCUGACCCGCAUGCCCAACCUGCUGGGCCACACGUCGCAAGGCGAGGCGGCCGCCGAGCUGGCCGAGUUCGCGCCGCUCGUGCAGUACGGCUGCCACGGGCACCUGCGCUUCUUCCUGUGCUCGCUGUACGCGCCCAUGUGCACCGACCAGGUCUCGACGCCCAUCCCCGCCUGCCGGCCCAUGUGCGAGCAGGCCCGCCUGCGCUGCGCGCCCAUCAUGGAGCAGUUCAACUUCGGCUGGCCCGACUCGCUCGACUGCGCGCGGCUGCCCACGCGCAACGACCCGCACGCGCUGUGCAUGGAGGCGCCCGAGAACGCCACGGCCGGCCCCGCCGAGCCGCACAAGGGCCUGGGCAUGCUGCCCGUGGCGCCGCGGCCGGCCAGGCCCCCCGGCGAGGCGGGCGCGGGCGGCGGCGCCGGCGCCUGCGCCAACCCCGAGAAGUUCCAGUACGUGGAGAGGAGCCGCUCGUGCGCGCCGCGCUGCGGGCCGGGCGUCGAGGUGUUCUGGUCGCGGCGCGACAAGGACUUCGCGCUCGUCUGGAUGGCCGUGUGGUCGGCGCUCUGCUUCUGCUCCACCGCCUUCACCGUGCUCACCUUCCUGCUGGAGCCGCACCGCUUCCAGUACCCGGAGCGCCCCAUCAUCUUCCUCUCCAUGUGCUACAACGUCUACUCACUGGCCUUCCUCAUCCGCGCCGUGGCGGGCGCGCAGAGCGUGGCCUGCGACCAGGAGGCGGGCGCGCUCUACGUGAUCCAGGAGGGCUUGGAGAGCACGGGCUGCACCCUGGUCUUCCUGCUGCUCUACUACUUCGGCAUGGCCAGCUCGCUCUGGUGGGUGGUCCUCACGCUCACCUGGUUCCUGGCGGCCGGCAAGAAGUGGGGCCACGAAGCCAUCGAGGCGCACGGCAGCUACUUCCACCUGGCCGCCUGGGGCCUGCCGGCGCUCAAGACCAUCGUCAUCCUGACGCUGCGCAAGGUGGCCGGGGAUGAGCUGACCGGGCUCUGCUACGUGGCCAGCAUGGACGCCGCGGCGCUCACGGGCUUCGUGCUGGUGCCCCUCUCCUGCUACCUGGUGCUGGGCACCAGCUUCCUCCUGACCGGCUUCGUGGCCCUGUUCCACAUCCGGAAGAUCAUGAAGACAGGCGGCACCAACACGGAGAAGCUGGAGAAGCUCAUGGUCAAGAUCGGGGUCUUCUCCAUCCUCUACACGGUGCCGGCCACCUGCGUCAUCGUGUGCUACGUCUACGAGCGCCUCAACAUGGACUACUGGCGCCUGCGUGCCACGGAGCAGCCGUGCGCCGCCGCCGCCCUGCCCGGCGGCCGCAGGGACUGCUCCCUGCCCGGGGGCUCGGUGCCCACCGUGGCCGUCUUCAUGCUCAAGAUCUUCAUGUCGCUGGUGGUGGGCAUCACCAGCGGGGUCUGGGUGUGGAGCUCCAAGACUCUGCAGACUUGGCAGAGCCUGUGCCACCGGAAGUUGGCAGCUGGCCGGGCCCGGGCCAAGGCCUGCCGGGCGCCCGGGGGCUACGGCCGUGGCACCCACUGCCACUACAAGGCCCCCACCGUGGUCCUGCACAUGACCAAGACGGACCCUUGUCUGGAGAACCCCACCCACCUCUAGGGGCUCAUGGCCUGGCUCAGGCGGCCCAGCUGUCAGGGUCAGGCCAGUGAGUGUGCAGGGCCUGAGGACCCAGCGAGGCGCCCGUCCGCGUGCGUCCCCCCCUCCCUUGAUGCAGGGGGCGGGUCUGGCUGAGGCCCCACAGGGUCCCGGGAGAGGGGGCGCACUCCAGGCAGGAGGGGGCGGGGAAGCGGGCAGGACGCAGCAGGAGUUUAUUUAAUGAUGUAAUUUAUUGUUGCGUUUCUCUGGAAGCUGUGACUG